ACAAGACUGUUUUUAUGUAUCAAACCAAAGCAAAAUUCUUUGUUCUUCCUCUUUUGCAAAAAAACUCAGAAGAAGAUUAUUGCUAAAGAGGUUUUGAUUCAGAUUUUGGUGUCAUGCUUUUGUCUCAUGACCACAAAUUCUCUUCAAUGAGGUAUGUGUUUAUGGAGAAGAAAUGUGUAUUCUCAUUAGUGAUCACAUCUCUUGUCUGCGUUGUACUCAUUGCAACUUCCUUCAACAUUGGUUUAAUCUCUUCACUUCGACCACCGAUCAACGGAACUUUAUCCCGUUUCGCCAAAAAUGAUUCGGAUGUUGUAGCACAACAACCUCUUGAAGUCGACAAGCUCCCACGUUUCGCUUACCUUGUUUCAGGAUCUAAAGGAGAUCUUGAAAGCCUUUGGAGAACUCUUAGAGCAUUGUACCAUCCAAGAAACCAAUACAUUGUUCACUUGGAUCUUGAAUCACCGGUUGAUGAGAGAUCAGAGUUGGCUUCUCGCAUUAAAAACGAUCCUAUGUAUUCAAAAAUAGGGAAUGUCUAUAUGAUAGCCAAAGCUAAUCUUGUGACUUAUACCGGACCAACAAUGGUGGCGAAUACCCUUCACGCAUGCGCGAUUCUACUUAAAAGAACCCCGGAUUGGGAUUGGUUUAUCAAUCUUAGUGCUUCGGAUUAUCCCCUCGUGACUCAAGAUGAUCUGAUUCAUACGUUUUCCACUUUGGACCGGAACCUCAACUUUAUCGAACACACAAGUCGCUUAGCCUGGAAAAACAAGAAGCGGGCAAUGCCAUUAAUCAUUGAUCCCGGACUCUAUAUGGCAAACAAAUCAAACGUUUUAUGGGUCAGACCUAAUCGAAGUUUACCCGCUGCUUUCAAGUUAUUUACCGGAUCAGCUUGGAUGGCUCUAUCGCACUCAUUCGUGGAGUAUAUCAUAUGGGGUUGGGACAAUUUACCAAGAACUUUACUCAUGUACUACACCAAUUUCGUUUCUUCUCCUGAAGGUUACUUCCAUACAGUCAUAUGUAACGUGCCCGAGUUCUCCAAAACCGCGGUAAACCAUGAUCUUCACUACAUUGCAUGGGAUAAGCCGCCGAGGCAGCAUCCUCGCAUGUUGUCUCUAAGAGACAUGGGAAAUAUGAUUGCGAGCGGAUCUGCAUUUGGUCGGAAAUUCAGAAGAAAUGACACAGUUUUGGAUAAGAUCGAUAAGGAACUGCUUCUUCGGAUGAACGAAGACGGUUUUACUCCCGGCGGUUGGUGCAGUGGGAAACCAGAGUGCUCGGUUGUCGAAGACGUGGCUAGGAUCAGGCCUAGCUCAGGGGCUGUGAGGCUCAAGGGGCUUGUAGAUAUGAUAGUUACAGAGGCUAAAUCAGGAAAGAAUCAAUGUGUAUAGAGAAUCAAUUACUUGUGGAUGGAGAAAACAAACUUGGAGAGAAUCUUGCAGUUGCAGGCUCUAUAUACACCAUAGAUUGAUUGUAUUAUUCUUUUGAAGUAAUUAACUAUUGUUACUUGU